AUGAAGCGAUUCUUCUCUCGCUUCUCCACCGUGCCAUCCCCUUCGCCAACCAAGCCCGUCCAGGAUGCUCGUUUUGAUUGUUCCGAGAAGAAGGAUUUGGACGCUGUUGCUCCUGCACCAGCUCUUCCUGCUCCGUAUAACCACCUUGGUCGUACUAAAGCCCUAGUCGCCAAAUUUGAGGGCGCGUCUCUCUCCCAAUCCGCCUCAUUGUCUCCUUCAGAUACCACUCCAGAUAUCACUCCAGAUAGAUUCCCCCCUACGAUACCCAUAGAACAGACCGGCCCACCUGUCCUCAACACCGCUGCCAAUCCUUCACGCAGCAUUCUGCCCUCAGACGUCGUUGCAUCCGUGCCUAAACGCCUUCCUGGCUCCAGCUUACCCGCAGAGUCUGGCCGCCAAUCUGAUCUUGUCGCACUUGACACACCAGAAACAAAAACGCCACGCUGCCCGGAUCAAGGCACGCAUCAAAGGCAGUCAAGCUCUUGUCCUCAGGCGGGUCCGUCAGCGACGCAUCUUAGCAAAUCGGUCGCCUUUGCUCCCUCACCUCAAAAGCAACGCUCCCUUUCUCCCGUACCCGUCGCGCAGCCACAGCGUUCCGCAACUUCUCAACCACUGCUUCGAACCAGCUCGUCUGACAGCAGCGAUCCAAAUGCAGCUUCCAGCAACUUUGCACGCCCUACAGCUGCUAGUCAAGCCAGAUCCAGAACUUGGACAAGGUCAGCAGCAAGCGACGUUAGCCAGCGUAUCGCUUCGCCCAAUUCACACACCUCGCGAGACAAGGCUCCAUUGAGCUUUGCGCGCUCCGCCAGACCAAGCCAGGCUUCUUCAACCCGCUUCACCUCUCGUCGCAGCCACUCUUACUCAAGUGCUCCUUCUGCCGAUGGCAACCCUUCCGCGAGUGGCCUCACAUCAUCUUUGGCUGUAAAGCGACUUGCUUCAUCCGCAAGGCGUGACUCCAUGGAAGCCGCAUCGUCAAAUCCAAGUGAGUCUCCAAAUCUCGGUGCUGGUCCGGCUGAUGUCUCUUCAGGUCCUCUUCAUUUCCCAAGCAGAACAUCUCUCUCCAUGCGUUUUAGCUACUCCGGCUCGGCCAGCAGUCGUCCACAAAGCCGCAGGAAUAGUGUCGAUCCGGCCUCGCCCAUCACCACUAACGAGACCGUCGCCUUUCCCCCAUCUGCUUUCGCUGCACGAUCAUACGGUUUUCCCACGUGGAGCGAAAUGACGCAGGAAGAACUGGUCAGAAAUCUCGGACCACGCGAAAGGACACGUCAAGAGGUUCUCUGGGAGAUCGUGGCGAGCGAAGAGCGCUACCUAGCCGAACUCGAAAAGGCCAAGGAGAUCUACAUAGAUGCUCUUCUUCACCCACACCUCUUCGAUCCUGAGCGCGUUCUGCCACCCGCUCCGAGCACUCUCACCGCCUUUCCUAUUGACGAACCAGGACCAAGGAACUCGGCGGCCUCCAAACCGCAAUUGGUGCCCAUGCUGCCUGCCAACUCCAACGGUGAGCCAUCGGCUUUCGCAGCCGGUUCUUUGCCCAACACUCAUGGGGAUCUUCCCAUCGCUUCUCGCUUCAUGUCGAACAUAUCUGUUGAAAAAAGUGCAGCCUUUGAAUCGAUAGGACGCGGUACGCAGCCGCACAACGCCGCACGUAGUCCCUACUUAGGACAUAUGGGCAGCGCGUCCACGACGGACAACGUCUCAUCCCGGUCUGGGCCAGUCACCAUGCGAGUGCAUGCAUCGUUUGGCCUAGGUCUUGGUCUUGGCACAACAGCCACACGAGACCGAAGCACCGCUGGCUAUAUGAACGUGACUACCACAACGCGCGCCAAAGGCAAACUAUCCAAAGCACAAAAGCUCCGUGGUCUCUCACGAAAGGCAAAGGCGGAUGCGGAUCCGCUUCGACUCUCGGUACCUUUACCGCCAUCGCUUCGAGAGGUGCUCGUCGCAAUGUCUGACGUUCUCGUCGAGGCACACGGUAUGCUCUCGGAUGCUCUCAAAGCAAGAUACGAAGAGCAAUGGCCGCUCGUACGUAGCCUAGCCGAUAUUUUCACCAAGUAUGCUCAUAUUUUUCAGCGCUACGCCACUUAUGUCUGCCAUCUGCAAAGAGCCAUGGAGGAACUCGAAGAGGCCGCUCUCAUGGAGCGCGCAUUUCGAGGCAAACGGCUGAAAAAGGAGCGCCUCAGCAAUACAGUCGGACUAGGCCGCACUGUCGCUGCACUAGAGGCAUGUGCAGCCGAGCAAGGCUACGCUGGCCUCUCGAUUUUUGCUUCCAUGCCAUUUCAGCGACUGCUCAAAUAUCCUCUGCUUUUCCAAAAUCUUCUCUUCCAUACAGACCCCUCGACGACUGAGUUCGAGAGCACAGUCUCCAUGGUGGUCGACAUCGAACGCCUCGUGCGCUCCAUCGAAGACGAAAAGGUCAACGCCGAGGAAAGAGACAAGAUGCUGGACUGUUUUGCCCGCAUUGAUGGAAUCACCGAUCAUCAGGUUUUACGACCUCGACCGGAUAGGGUGCUCAUCGAGGAGCAGGCGCUCUACGACCAAAAUGCUCGCAGAGCGUUGUCCGAGUCGGCGCCUAAAGGUGCUCGAGCUGAUGCAUAUCCAUCUGACAGCGAGAAUGGGGAGAGUGGCGCUGAGAACACAGAGCCAAGCGGCGGUCGUUGGAGUAACUCGAAUCAAUCGGGGUUGCGGGCUGCUCUGAGGAACAAACGCUCUUAUCGACGUCUCUCCGACUUUUUGCCGUCUGAAGACGCCGGCCAUGGCUCCUCCAAAGCUCCAUCAAUGGGCAGCAAGAAAGACUUGUGGAUCGUCCGCUUCUCAGACGUCGAGAUCAAAUGUCAGCGUAUCGGUGUGACAGCAUUGCCAAUGGUCAGCACAGCUGCUCUGCGAAUCGCCGACUCCUCUGCCGAGCUUGAUGCAAGAGAUUUCGCUGCACGGACCAAGGACAGUCGCGAGCGUCUUAAAGCUCUGCGAAACACAACCUUGCGAGCCAAGACACGCAACUUGUACAAAUUUAUCUCAGUCGUUGCGUGGAGGAACGCAGCCGCUCGCCAAGCCGGUAUAGGAAAGGAGGACUCUGUAGGUGGCUUGCCCACCUCGCACGAGGUAGAUGAGCAGGAUUCAGUGGAAGGUGAGGAGGAGGAUGAGGCAAGUGUAGAUAGUGACGAUGGCAGUAGUGUGAGCUCUUCCAGCUCUUCGGGUAGUGAUGAUGGCAUUGGUGGCCAAGCGGCGUCUCAGAAGUACGUCAGAUCGACCAAGCUUUCAUUCACCUACUGGGGAGAUCGUAUCGAGCCGAGCCGCGGCAUUGCUGGUGCACAAGCAGGCGCGCACGCCAACGAUCCACCCAAGAUCUCUUCCGGACACAUAUCAAAUCAGCGGAACGAUGGUCCAGUUUCUCGAACGACUGGACCUCGCCUGACUGCUUCGGCUGAUUCGGCUGGCACUUCUGCUGCCGGUGCUGCUCCUACGUUUGACUCCACGCGAAGCAGCCGACAGCCGCAAACGAGCACACUCGACGGUGCUUCGUUGAAUCUCUCCCAAAUUCACGGCCGACGCGGUGUGUUGGGGCGACUGAGCGAGCCUAUGGCUGCUACGUCCAUGUCGAUUGCACCUGAGCCCAUGCAGAAUGCCGUCGCACAGAUGCACGCGAGGCAGCGCAACGAAAAGUUUGGUGCUCGUUUACGAUCUUCGAUAGCCAACGGCGCAGACGACUCCCACGUGUCGGUUGACCUUGCUGGAGUAGAUGCUGGCGGUGUCAGUAGGGCAGGCAAUCGCACAAGCCUUGCAGCAUCCGGUCCACGAGCGAUCUGA